AUGCCGGAGAAGGUCGUAGAGACAGCGUAUCCCGUCAUUGACACAGACCCUCAUGCCUAUCGGGUUGUGAGAUACAUGCGACCCUCCGACUUUGGCGCCUGGGCCGCUGUUACUGCCACUUUUCCCGCUGCCUUUUUCGCUUGGGAGAUGGCAGACCCUUCCUCAAUGACGCAGAAACAGCUGAGAUUUGGCAUGCGGGGAGCUGGUAUUCUUGGUCUGUUCGGUGGAUUCUUGCUUGCAUACCAGCGGUCCAGUCUUCGCUUCUUUGGAAUGUCCGAGAAUAAACGAGAGGAAGAGCUGGAUUUGCAGGAACUGUCUCAACGCGCGAAGGAAGGAAAGUCAUUGUACGGGGAAUCGCCUCAGCCUCAAUGGGUCCAAAAUGCUGCCCACCAGAACUCCGUUUGGUCACAGUUCAAAUUCUCUGCUAUCCCCAUGUUUAACCUGGUCAAUCACCCUUACCACGGCACCGACACUGCAAAGUAUGGAGUGACGACAGAAGACACCACGUCAAAGUAA